CGUUUUUGAACCCCCAUCCCCAGCCCGCGGAGUCAGGCCCUCACCCAGUCACUCUCGCCUCUCUCUCUCUCCCCUCAUAAUUUCCAUUUUCCUUCGGCUUCAGGCUUCAAAAAACCCUAGUCUCCACAGGACCACCCUCUCUCUCUCUCUCUCUCUCUCUCUCUCUCUCCCUCCCUCCCUGCGACAGUCCCCCCCCCCCCCCCCGACUCUCGUCUCUCUCUCGCCGAGUCGCCGCGCGACCUCACCCUGACCCAGUAACCACCCCCGCAGGCAGCGGUCGACACGGGUAACUUCUGUAUCAGGUAAUUGAGGAUGGAAGCAGCGAAAAGUCAACCUGAAAUACAGUCUCCACCUGCUGCUACAACCCCACCCAUCACUCCAUGUCGAAAGAAGAAGAAUGAAGAAGCUACUUUCUUGGAGGAUUUUAAGGACCAUAUUGAUGAGUUCAUCCAUGCAUCUAUGGAUGAACACAAAAGUUGCUUCAAGAAGACCAUACAGAAGAUGUUUGGCAUGUCAAAGAUUGUUGCAGAAAGGAAUACUCACACUAAUGGAAUUGAAGUCUCUCUGCCACUCCAAACAACGGUAUCGAAGUAGAAUGUGUCCCCUCCUUUUCGAGGCAGCUUGAUAUCUAGAUUUGGAAAAAUGAUUGUUUCGAUAAUAUAAAAUAUAUUGCUUGGUAGAAUUUUAACUCCAGCAGUACUGCUUGGAGGGUAUGAGUAAAUUCGUAGACCUCUUAAAAUUGGUUUUCAGAAUAAGGGAUUUUAUCUGUUGAUAUGGCUAUGUUUUCUAGUUUUGUUAGUAUGGUCCUGCUCGGGAAAGUACAUAAUAAACUUUUGUUCUGAGCAAGCAUAACUUGUUUGUGGUCGGAUUUAUCCAUCUUGGCUUUUGCAAUGCCUACUUUUUUGGAAAUCAAA